CGCGCCGCCCGCGAGGGGCUCGACGCCGCCCUGGUGGUCUACGACGUGGCGUCGCGCGCCAGCUUCGACAGCGUGAGCAGCUGGAUGCGGCUGCUGCAGGCGCAUGGUGGCUCGCAGGUGAGUGUCAUGCUCGUUGGCAACAAGGCCGACCUGCCCUCCCGGGCGGUGCCGCCGGAGCAGGGGCGGGCCGUGGCCCAGGCGCUGCGCAUCCCUCUCGCAGAGGUGUCUGCGCUCAAGGAUGCCGACGUAUCGGCCCUGCUGGACACGCUGUUGCAAGGCCACCGGGAGCCGCCGUGCUGGGCGGCUGCGGAGCGGGAGCCCGGCGUGCUGGCAGCGGGCGGUGGCGGCGCCGCGGCAGGCCUCGGCCCGUGGCCCGCGGCGGCGCCCGCCGCGGCGCCCACGUCCCCCGCGGCGCAGGACGGCCUGCUCGCCACGCGGCCGGUGGCCCCGGCGGCCCCCCAGGACGUGCAGGCGCGGCUUUCUUUCCGCUCUGAGGCCCCGCUCGGCGAGGACUCGGACCGGUGGCGCUCCAGGG